AGGUAACCAACACACCACCAUCUCCCCAUAGAGGGCGCCGUGUUCGUAUCCUUUGCUCUUCUCUCGUCACGAAUAUUCUCAUAAGUCUUGCUCCGGACACUACAGUAGAUCUUCCUAGGCAGGAUGGACUCCCUCCGCAUCUUGCGGGACAGCCUGGACUCGUCGCGACCACCUCCCGCCGGACCUACCAAGCGAUAUGACAAGACGCUCAACUCGGACUUCAAGGCCGCCGCUCUCCACCUCACCAAUCUCUACCGCAACUCUAUUGCCUCAUCACAGAGCACCUAUCGCUCAGGCUACGUGCAAGGUCUGCGCGAUAUGCUUGAUCUGGUCGUGCUACGCAGCGUACAAGCCCAACCACCCAGUUCGAGCUCCGGCUCUGGUGCAGCUGGAAGUCACCAGCAAGGGGCCUCCUCUUCAGAUCUUGGACGGUUGUUGGGAGACUCGGCAGCGGAAGGUGGUGUCGGAACUGCAUUCGACGAUGAUGCAGAAGGAGAUGGGUUGAGAAGCCCUUCGUACAAGGAGUUGAGGUGGUUGGCUAGAUAUCUGAGGGCUCGUAUCGAGGCGAUCAAGAGUGAGAGCGAUGAUGAGGAUGCCGAGGGUCAAGAGGGUGAUCAACACCCGCAAGCAUCUGGCAGUGGCACAAGAGAGGAAAGUAGCUACCAGCAGCGAUCAGUCCACACCUCAUUGCCUGCCGCCAGUGUCAGGACAAGAGAGAGUAGCGCUAGAUCACAGCUGUCCAAUGAGCCAGAAGAGAGAGCCACGAGCAGUAGCGUGGCCUACUCGCCAUCCUCUGCAGCACCAGAAACGCCAGUGACGCGCUUCCAACGUCCCGUCCCUACCGGCCGAACACCCCGUCAAAGCGCUCCGCCUAGCAGCUACACUGCUCCGCAAGGGCAACCUCAAGUCCAAGGACGUAUCUCUGCCCCCUCCACUUCGGCAUUCUCCUUCUCUAUGCCUCCCAGCCCUUCAUCUUCCUUUGGUAAUUCGAGUAACUUCCAAUCUGCAGCUACAGCCCUGACGGCCACGGCUGCUUCACAACCUCAUCCAAGACGGAGAGCGAGAGGGAGCCACGGCUCUUCGCCUUCGUCUGGCUUUGCCUCGGGGUCGAGCCCAUCAACUAGAGCGGCCGAGAGCAACCACAACAAUAGCAAUGUCGUCGGCAGCAACACCGCGCUUCUCUCUCCCGUCGGCGAGGAAGCGCCGUCGUCUACUACAGGUAGCGCCCUUGCCCUUGCGCAAGCACAAGCCUUGGUCGAAGAAGAGAUGGAAGACGUGCGCGAGGAGAGACCCAAUGGCCGUCGUGGGCCCCUCGUCUCUUCUGGAGCAGUGGGAAGGGGUGGCGCAAUGGCCGAGUUGGAUGGACAGAGGCCAAAGAGACGCAGGAAGACGGCCAAUGACAAAUUUGCAGUCUCGACACGCACUGGUGGUGGUGGUGGAGGUGGUGGAAUAGGGGGGUUGGGUAUUGCAAUUGGGGGCGCGGGAGCAGGAGGGGGAGUGGGAGGGGGACUUGGGUCUGGGCAAACCUUGGGACUGGGAUCGGCUCCGGGGCAAAGUCAGAGCUCUGCAUCUGGGUUGAGCCAGGAGGAGAGCGACUCGGCACUCUUGUACUUUCUCAACAUCAUGUGAAAUCUUCAUGUCCAUCGAGGUCUUCAUGGCGACAUCCCGGCUCUUACGUAUCAGAC